AUGGAGUCUAUAUUUUGCGUCGAACAGGUCAAUGUUCCUCCUGAGCUUGGGACUAUCAUGAAACAAUAUACAAAGGCGGUUCUCCGCGAUAGGCCUCAGGAUCUCUACAAGUACAGUGCAAAUUUUUUUGCAGCGCUUUGUGGUCAGUCUGCUCCCUUUGACAAGGAUGGACAUUUUGUGGAGGCGCACGAGCUCGAACCGAUGGAGCACCUUGUGGACAGCGAAAAGGAAAGCGGAGAAGCCGUUGCGCCCACCCCAUUGGUGGAUAAUGAAGGAAACGAUGUUAUCCGGGGUAUUUUUAAUGAUUACGAUGUCAAUGGAAAUGGACGAUUAUCUAAAGAGACUGUGCCGGCAUUACUGGCGGAUCUGCAACAAGCCUUGGGGCUGAAUAAGUUGAAGACUAUUAGAGCCGAGGAACUUUUGGGUGUGCUUCACACCGAUGAGAAUGGUACGGUCGAUCUUUUGGAACUCCGUGAGCUGUUUUUUCGCGUUGAAUGA